AUGGCGAGCCAUUUUCUCAAGCCUACCUUUUCUUUGAUUGAUCAUGAUGGUCGCAGGGUUGAUGAAACAAUCUUCCGAGGCAAGCCGACGAUCGUUUUCUUCGGUUUCACCAACUGUGCUGUUGUCUGCCCACGAGCUCUUUCCCGGCUCACAGCUGUCAUUAACAGUCUCAACCUAACUACCGACCAACUCAAUGCCUUGUACAUCUCGGUAGAUCCACAUCGGGACUCGCCAGAAGUCAUGAAGUCGUUUUUGGCAGGGCGUGCUCCUCACUUCACAGGCUUGACCGGCACGCAGUCAGAGCUUGAGUCGGCUCGUAGGGGUUUCCGAGCAUUUGCAAAUAGCAAGCGCGAAAAUGGUACACCGGGCAAUUAUGACGUUCCUCAUACGGCCAUCACGUAUAUAUUAAAUCAUGACGGCAGUUUGGUGGACCAUCUUCACGACAGUCUCAGCGACACGGAGGUAACAUCCCGUCUCAAGCGUGUCAUGGAUGAAGUACAUCAAAAGGAUCGGGCUAUCAAGACCGUUCCCUCGACAGAAACUGGUCGAGACAACACCAUCGACGAAAGCUUAAAAGUAUUGGACAAGAAACAGGUCGCCAGCAUUAGACAUAUCGGCAACCUAGCUCGUCAACUCAAGGGAGACUGGUCGAACAUGAUGGGCCCGACAGACUUGAAUGACGGGUUUGGGGCUUACCGCUUCCAGCUCGCCUACGGCUUCUAUGCACUGGCGUUGGCUCACUUUCACAGGCUUCCAGCGGCUCCUGGAUUAUUCCAAGACACUAUGGAGCGGAUGAUUGACAAGAUGUGCCAUCCAGAUGUCUGGUUCUACUGGCGCGAUGCAAGCACAGGUGGCGGUCUCGCGAGAACACCAAGGAAAGAGCCAGAUGCAAACCCCAUUGAGAAGGACAACAUCAUGUAUAGUGCCUAUCUACAAACAAUGACGCUUCUUUACCAUAGCCUGUUUGACGAUGAUCGCUACACAAAGCCUGGAUCAUUGAAGCUAGAGUACGACCCGUUCUUCUGGGGCGAACCUGGAGGAUUCAAGUUUGAGUAUGACCAGAAUUCGCUCAACGAUCGGGUCUACUGGAACAUGGUUGAGAGCGGAUAUCUGGGUGUCGCCUGCGAGCCCUGGUGCGUGUUCCAGAUCUGCAACCAGCCACCCAUCAUUGGCUUCCGCUUAAACGACGAGCUCACCGGUAGUCAUACCGCCGAUGAGGUCACCACAGGUUAUAUUAAAGCCUGGGAGGACUUUGGGGGCUCCAUUGAGCCGGAAGGAGGCUAUCGACUUUUUGUUGGCAGGCAUAACAACAUGGUAGCACCGAGUCCUGGAACGGGCAUGGAUGCUUGGUGUGCUUUCUUGAUGCACUCGUGGAACCCAGACUUCGUGGAAAAGAACUAUGAGCGGCAGCGUGCCAAGGCGCUGGUUCGACACGAGGACGGUACACUGUCAGUCAAUGUCAGGAUCAUCGAUGGACAGUCGAAAAAUACCACGUUUCUGUUACAAGGUGCCGAGUUUGGCUGGUUUGCGGCUCUGGCUGCAGAGAUGGGUGACGAAACCACACUGAAGGGACUUCUGGACUAUGCCGACCAUAAAUUUCGACCCCGGUACCAGGAUGGAGGGUUGCUGUACCCAAGAAAUGACAACAUCUUCGACGAGCACAGCCAUUACAGUAUGAACUCCCCGAUCCAGUCCAACGCUCUUCUUCCACUUUCUCGUUUAAACGUGAGUGGUGGACUGAAACGCCUAUACGACCAGCCGUGGGGUCCGAAGAACCGCGAUCAUUACGGAGAACCGGCCUUGACCAGCCUUGACUUUUGCAUCGAUGUUUAUCGUGCAGUAUACGAUUCGAAACGGCGAGUUUUGAUCUUCGACCUUGCGGUCUACGAGCCCGAGAUGAGGGGAAAAGUUGUGCUUUCCAGAGUUUUCGGGGGGGGGGAUUGGACUCUCUCCCGUGAUGGAAGAGAGGUAGCACGGGGCGACAGCGAAGCCUUGACCAAGAACACAUUGGAGAAGGGCAUCGAGCAAAGUGGUGAGGAGCUGAUAUUGUUUAUCACCGAGGCAGAGGUGACAUCCUUUGUCAUUUUGUGGCUCUAG